AUAAACAUAUUAUCAUUCAUUUGAUUAUAAAGUCUGUGAUCUGAUGGCAUUCACCACAUCUUUGCCAACAACUGAUAGACAUCUAUACGAUCCAUAUCUUCAUCGAUAACUACUUCCAUAAAUAUAAUAUAAAUAUAUAUUAAUCAAUAGUUUGUUUGUUUGUCCAACUAAUCAAUUGUGAGUUUGUUUUUCAUCACAUAUUCAAUGAUGAGCGCCGACAACGAUCGCGGAAAGGAACGGGUAGUCUAUCGGUUGGCGUUGACGGGCGGGCCGUGUAGUGGUAAGACAACAGGACAGGCAAGAUUGUGUACAUUCUUCGAGAAUAUUGGUUGGAAAGUAUACCGCGUGCCCGAAACGGCUACCACUUUGUUUAGCGGUGGCGUCAGAUUUCCUGAUUUGUCCAAAGAAGCGGCCGAUAAGUUUCAGGAAAAUCUGAUUAAAGUAAUGAUUGCAACGGAAACGACAUUUUUUGAUUUGGCCCAAUCGGAUAAACGCAAUGUUCUGGUAGUCUGUGACCGCGGAAUCAUGGAUGCGGCCGCAUAUAUGGCUAAGGAUGUGUUUGAUAGCGUACUUAAAAGCAAUGGUUGGAAUGCCGUGGAGUUACGCGACAAUCGCUACAACCAAGUGAUCCAUUUGAUGACUUCCGCCAACGGAGCCGAAGCUUAUUAUAAUAUUGAGGAUAACCCGUGCCGUACUGAGGGUAUCGAACAGGCCCGACAACUGGAUAAGGCUACUAUAGAGGCGUGGGUCGGACAUCCCUAUAUCGAUGUAAUUGACAACUCGACCGAUUUCGACACUAAACUCACCCGAAUGAUUGCUAAUGUCUGCAAACGCAUAGGCAUUGAUGCCGGUGACCGAUUGGCCCCAACGAGUCGUAAAUUUAAAUUUCUGGUCGCAUCGAUGCCACCGGAUUCGAUGUUUCCGUCGUUUCAGGACUUUGAAGUGGUUCACGAUUACCUCACUUCUCCCAAUCCAAAAAUCCAGUCCCGACUUCGUAAACGCGGACAAAAUGGAAAUUGGAGCUAUCAAUACACUGUCCGUAGAGGUGAUGCGGGAGAUCAGAUGGUUGAACUGAGGAGACAAAUAUCUCAUCGCGAUUAUGUGAAUAUAUUAGCGCAAAGAGAUGACAGUCAUCUGACUGUUUAUAAGACUCGGCGGUGUUUUGUAUGGGAGGACACAUACUUUCAACUCGAUAUUUACAGAAAUCCAUGCAAUGAACGCUGUGAAGGACUCAUACUUUUGGAGACGUAUCAGACGCUCAAGAAUAACGACACGACGGCUAAAGUUCCGCCGUUUUUAAAGAUUAUCAAAGAAGUGACGAAAGACUCUUCAUAUUCUAUGUACAACUUGUCGUCGAAAAGUGAGUGGAAAAAGAGCUCUAAGAUUAUUAAUGGUUUGAAUUCAUAGAUAGGUUUAAUUAAAGUGAAUUUUUAGGUAAACUAUAUAUAAGUUUUUUUUUGGUGAUAUUGAUAUAAAUGUGAAUCAAAUUA